UUCUCUAUGUCUCACAUUUAAUACCAAACCCCACACACACCCACACAGAGAGUGAAAGAGCUUAAGCUCGUAGCAAAGUAGCAGCAGUGUUCACUUCUCUCUCGUUUUAGUUUAGUUGAUAUCACAGAGCGACAGAGAGCUAAAAAAAAAAAAAAAAAAAAACAGAGUCAGUGUUGAAAGAAAGAAAAAAAAAAAAAUGAGCGAAGACGCUAAGAGAAGCAUCCAAGGAGCGCUGGCGAUGAAACCACUGAGCUCCGAUGACCGGAAACCCUCGUCUGCGGCGGCUGCAGCCACCCCUCCCACCGGCAAGCGCGUCAUCAUCAAGAGCGCCGACAUGCUCCCCGAAAUGCAGAAGGAGGCCAUCGACACCGCCAUCUCCGCAUUUGAGAAGCACAGUGUGGAGAAAGACGUUGCAGAGCAUAUAAAGAAAGAGUUUGAUAAAAAGCAUGGCUCCACUUGGCACUGUAUCGUCGGCAGAAACUUUGGUUCUUAUGUGACUCAUGAAACAAACCACUUUGUUUAUUUCUAUUUGGAUCAGAAAGCUGUUUUGCUAUUCAAAUCUGGUUAACUAUCAUUGUGAUGUUGACAAAGGUGGUGAUGAUGACAAUGAAGAGUCUGUGAUUAAGACGUUAUAAUUAGAAUCUGUAUGUAUUAACUGAAAUCACUAGUAUGCAAACCUUUUCAGGACAUUCUUGUGCUUAACUUGUAUAUCUAAUAUCACCUGAAUUGGCUUUGAACUUUCAAUAUCAGCUGUGGUGUAUCAAGCUUUUUGCCUUUUAAUUCCCGUGCUUUAUUAGACUGGAUUGGGGAAUUUGGUGUACCCGGGAAGCUAAAUGGCUCCCAAAUGCCUUAUGUAGAACUUUAAGUGAGUACGUUGGGUCUGAAAGCAUAUUUAUGUCAUCUGUUCUAGUCCAAUUUAGAGUUAA